GAUCGCCCCGACAGUUUCUCGCCGUCGACCGUACCGUUCGGUCCGCAAACGUUUUGCUCGAUCUUGACGCGCGCCGCGAGUAUCGCGAGUGUUCGUAUUUUUUUUCCGUGCCCGUGCCCGUGUGUAUAUUUUAUGUGCGUGCUUCGCUUUACGCGUUUGUGAUUUUUUUUUUUUUUUUAAUUUUUCGACCGUGCACCGUACGCGAACGGAGACACGUCAGUGUCAAAAAAUAUUAUUGUUUUUUUUUUCGAAGAAAACAUUAAAAAAAAAAAAAAUUUUUAAAAUUAAUUUUUUUUCGUUUUUCUUACGCGAUGUGCGUCCGGUGACGGUUUCGGGUGUGACUUUUUUUUUAUCGUUUUGACCCCCGCGAACGAUCGAGUGCCGCCGAAAACUGUAUACCCCCGACAAUGACGUACCGUCGACGAUACGCCGCCGGCCCGUUGCCGUGGCUGCUGAUGUCGGUACUGCUGUUGCUGUCGGGCACCGCGAUCGCGAACAACGGCGACCCGGUGUGCGACUGGCAGCGCGUGAUGUCCGCGGACGAGUCGCAAUCGCUGCGCGUCGUACUCAAGUGCUCGUUGCGGACCAUAAACAACGCGGACAGCGUAAUAUCUAAUCUUACGUCCGCCCAGAUGGACAUGAUUACCAGCUUGACGCUCAAAUGCAGCGACGUAAUAUUUUUCGAGAGUAGCCUGGAGAACAGCUUUCUCACGCAGCUCCGGCGACUCAACCAUUUGGACCUAGAGUACUGCAAGAUCAAGUACGUGCCACCCGCGGUACUUAGCACGUCCAGAGAACUUAAAAAAUUGCGCAUCCGCACCCACAACACCGACUGGUCCGCAAUGACCAUGGACUUCCAUUCGGACAGUCUACGCGGUCUCGUCCAGCUCCGAGAACUCGACUUGUCCGAUAACAAUAUUUGGAACUUGCCGAAAGAGCUAUUUUGUCCGCUAAUCGGACUCGCCAAUCUGAACCUCACCAAAAAUCGGCUACAGGACGUGUUUGAGUUGGGCUUUUCGGACUGGGGAAAUGGUCCCACGGCACCCGGUAAGACGUGCAACACCGCACUCGAAGACUUAAACUUGGCCCACAACGACAUCAUAUCGAUGCCCGACAACGGUCUGACUAGCCUCAGGGCGCUGAAAAGACUAUAUUUGCAAGAAAAUCAAAUUAACCAAAUCGCGGAUCGCGCGUUCGUCGGACUCACGUCUCUGAACUUGUUAAACGUGUCGAGCAACCGUCUUUCGGCCUUGCCGCCCGAACUGUUCCAUUCUACCCGGUAUCUGCGCGAACUUUACCUGCAUAAUAACUCUAUUAACGUACUGGCGCCGGGUUUACUGGAGGGACUCGACCAGUUGCUCGUAUUGGACAUGUCGCACAACGAAUUGACCAGCACCUGGGUGAACCGUGAUACGUUCUCCGGUCUCGUCCGGCUGGUCGUCCUCAACCUCGGACACAAUCAAUUGACGAAAAUUGAUGCGCAUAUGUUCCAGGACUUGUACAGCUUGCAAAUAUUAAAUCUCGAACACAACAACAUCGAGGUGGUGGCGGAUCAGGCGUUCGCCACGCUUAGCAAUCUGCACGCGCUAACACUGUCGUUCAAUAAACUUAAGCACAUCAAACCACUGCACUUUUCCGGUCUUUUCGUCAUAAAUCAGCUGUUCUUAGACAGAAAUCGCAUCGACACCGUCGACGAACACGCGUUCCAAAAUUGUACGAACCUACACGACCUGGGCUUGUACGGUAACGCUCUCCGGCAGGUGCCCGCCGCCUUGUCUAAGUUACACAUGCUCAAGACUCUCGACCUGGGCGGUAACGUUAUCAGGCACGUAAAAAAUACUUCGUUCGACGGACUCGACUUGCUGUACAAUUUAAUAUUGUCCAACAACGAGAUAAGCAAUUUGACCGCGUACACGUUUUCCACGAUGCCUCUGCUCCAGGUGCUGAACCUGGCUUUCAACCGACUGACGCACGUAGACCAGCAAGCAUUCGGUACGUCCAAUAAGCUACACGCCAUCCGACUGGACGGAAACGCGCUAUCAGAUAUUAACGGUAUGUUCGACGGACUGUCCAAACUGGUGUGGCUCAACGUGUCCGACAAUCAAAUCGCCAAUUUCGAUUAUUCGUAUCUGCCGUCCAGCGUCGAGUGGUUGGACAUGCACAAGAACGCCAUCAGCGACCUGGGCAACUAUUAUGUGCAACGCGAUACGAUACAAAUAAAAAUGUUAGACGCCAGUUUCAACCGCCUCACCGAGAUCACGGACACGUCGAUACCGGAUAGCGUAGAAAACGUUUUCCUCAACAACAAUCUGAUACACAAAAUCAAAAUUAACACGUUUUUGCGAAAGGCCAACUUGUCCCGGGUGGUUUUGUACGCCAACAAAAUGGAGUAUAUCGACAUCGCCAGCCUGCGACUCGACCCAGUGCCCGACAACAAGGAACUACCGCAGUUCUACAUCGGCGACAAUCCGCUGAAAUGCGAUUGCACCACCGAAUGGCUGCAGCGUAUCAACCAACUGAGCGUGCAACGCCAACACCCUCGGAUAAUGGACAUGGACUCGAUAAUGUGCCGACUGGUGCACUCCAAGACGGAAAAGUAUAAACCGCUGUUGGACCUGAAACCGUCGCAGUUCCUGUGCGAGUACGAGUCGCACUGUUUUUCCGUGUGCGAGUGUUGCGACUUCGACGCUUGCGAUUGCGAGAUGACGUGCCCCGACAACUGUACGUGUUACCACGAUCACGUUUGGUCGUCCAACAUCGUGGACUGCUCGAACGCCGGGUACAAGUCCAUACCGGCCCGGAUCCCGAUGGACGCCACCGAAAUUUACUUGGACGGCAACGACCUGGGCGAUCUGUCCAGUCACGUGUUCCUCGGCAAAAAGAAACUGCAAGUACUGUACAUGAACAACAGCAACGUGGUGUCGCUGCACAACAAGACGUUCAACGGCGUGCCCGACUUGCGGGUGCUGCACAUCGAGAACAACCAGCUGGACCGGCUCAACGGCGGCGAGUUCGAGACGCUGCCCAAGCUCGCCGAACUGUACCUGAACGACAACCGGAUCACGAGCGUGGCGAACCGGUCGUUCGCGCCGCUCAAGUCGCUGCAAGUGCUGCACUUGGAGAACAACCAGAUCAACGAGUUCCGGCCGUGGCAGCAGCUGAACGCCGGCAACACGCUGACGUCCGUCUCGCUGGCCGGCAACACGUGGCUGUGCGAGUGCGACGUGAUCGUCGGCCUCGAGGGAUGGCUCAAGAACAACGACUAUCCGCCGUCGACGAUGCUGUGCUCGGACAAGACGACGCCGGUGGCCGCGGCCAUUAAGAAGUGUCAGUCGGAGCGCGACACCGGGCCCAGCAUCCACCGGCCGUUCUACAAGACGACCGUGCUGGGCACCGACUACGUGCCGUUCGUGGCCGCCAGCCUGGCCCUGUUCAUCGUCGUGUUCGUGUUGGUCACGUUGGCCCUGGUGUUCCGCGACGACCUGUGCCUGUGGGCCCAUUCCCGGUACGGCGUGCGCGUGUGCAAGUCCCCGUCGUCCAGCGAGAACGACAAGCUGUACGACGCGUACAUGGUGUACAGCAUCAAGGACGAGGAGUUCGUCAACCACAUACUGUCCACCAGCCUGGAGCGGUUCGGGUACAGCCUGUGCCUGCACUACCGCGACAUACACGUCAUCAGCCCCGCGUACCUGAUGGACAGCUUCCUCGGGGCUUCGGACGCGUCCAAGCGGAUAGUCGUCGUGCUGUCGCUGUCGUUCCUGCAAAACGAAUGGGAGAAACCGGUGUUCCGGACGGCGUUCCAGGCGUGCCUGGAACGGGCCAAGACGAAAAAACAGUCGGUGGUCGUGUUGCUGACCACCACCAUCACGCCGGACCGGGAGCUACAGGCGCUGCUCAAGUCGUGCGAAGUGGUCACGUGGGGCGAGAAGAGGUUCUGGGACCGUCUCCGGUACCUGAUGCCCGACCCCAAGCCCAUGUCCAGUGCCGGCGGCGACCUGAAGAAGGUGAUAUGCGACGGCCGGCCGGUGGCCAGGUACACGGCUGCUCCGACGUCCUUGGAGGCGUGGAUACGCAUGAGUCCUGCUUCGGUGACGCAGUCACAAGCGCCCACUCAGAGCUCGUGCAUGUCCGAGGAAUCGUCGCAGAGGACCACGGACGAGGACGAGGACCCGUCCAACCACAGUUACGUUUCCAUCGACUACCAGCAGAGGCAUAAGCUGCACCAUGUGUACAGCAGCAUACCGGACCCGAUUUACAAUCAAGCCGGAGGGAGGACUUAUUUCGUUUAGAGAACGUGUUAUUAUGAUCGAUAAACUUGAAAAUUACCGACCACCGUCUCGUCGUCAUGAACUGUAAUGCUGGACGACACCAAUCUGCUUCUUCUUGUCUGUAAUAUUUAAACGAUAAAUACCACGUGUAAUUAUAAUGUAUUGUGUAAAUCGAAUUAUUUUGUAAAUAACCUCCGUUGUUAUUUCAUUUACGUUUUGUUUUAAUUUUAUAUAGAUUUUAUACAAGCCUAUUUUUUUUUAAAAAAAAAUAUUCAUUUAAUAUUUUUUUUAACCUUCGUUAAAGAUGACAUACAGGCUAGACAUUUUUUAAAAGACUGAAAUGGCCUCGAGAGGUUUCAUUUUUCCUUGUAGCUAAUAAAAAGCCAUAUUUUUAUAAUGAAAAAAAAAUACAAUGUAUUCGGGGGACAUUAUCCUUUUUUUUGUAUUAUAUAAAAUUGUUAGCGCUUAAUAUGAUGCACUCGAUAGGUUAACCAUCGUUGGUUAAAUUUUCAAUUAUUGAUCCUGUUCGUGUUAUUUUGAUGAUAUAUAUAGGCUCGGCCGGAUCGUCGGCGUUGAAAAGUUCCUGUAAUUUUAAUUUCUUCUAUAGUAAAAAUAUUUAAAAAAAAAAAAUUUAAACAUUAAACAUAUUAUACCGGUGCUUUUUAGAGUCUAGCGACCUAAAACUAUAGCUCGACGUUGUGUAAUUAUUAUUAUUAUUAUUAUUAUUAUUAUUAUUAUUACUAUACUGUUAUCGAAUUUUUUUGUACAUUUUUUUUAUACUAACCCAGCGUGUACUUAAAAAGAACGGACUGGCUCUAAAUGCUUAACAGAUAUGGGAAACCUAUUCUCCCCUCGUGUAACUAUAUUUCCCUCUGUUAUUGUAUUAUAAGUGUUUAGUCUUUAUGUGAUUUAUUUUGUAUUAUAUAUAUAUUAGACGCACAUUUAAUGAUGUAUUUAAUGAUGUGUACAAAAAAAAAAAAAAUAGCUUUAAUAAAAAGUCAUAAUUUAUAAUGCUCAAAA